AUGCGUGGCGAGGCCGCCGCGUCCUCGGAGACGGCGGAAACAAAUAGUCCGCCCGUUGCGCUUGCUGGAGCAGGGACCAGUCCCGUCGGUGCGUCAACACGACUCGAUGCCAUUGCCAAGCUUCGGCGUGCUGCAUCACAACGAGAAAUCCAGCAGUCAUCGUCACCAUCUCGUACACCAUCUUUACCAUCUAUACAACAAAUUGAUGACAGUGUGAAACGUGUGGACGAACCACACUACAAGCCGCCUAUCGCUCAAUUCCAGUUGCCAUCGCUGGAGCAGCUGCGGCAGCGCAUCAUCCAGGAACGGCGUCCGACUGGCCUGUCUCGCUCAGCCAGCACUAGUGCGACGUCGCAGGUCGCUCGUGCUUACACUAUGCAGAAGCUCUUGGGCGCUACGACGCCUAUCUCUUAUGCGGACAUGUUUGCCUUCGUGCGCGAUACGAACAAAAGCCGCGGUGAGAUCGAUACCGUCACUUCUGACGAAGAUGUAUCUGCUCAUGCUGUGCCAGACACGUCAGUGCCGGGCGCUGGCGUGUCGCUCCUGAAACCCCGCCGCGCGACUCUCAUGCGCAGCGUGUCGGCUCGCAACAAUGCACGCAUGCACCUGUACCGCAGGCACGGGCGAACGCCGCAGGAAAACGCACUGGCGCCAGGCGCGAUCACCCCGAUCCAGGGCAGUCCUCCGAUGCAGGGGUCCGGCGAACUUGCUGCGUCCGAUGACGGCAGCACAGUGGCGCACGACUCGAACAGCACAUCGAGCUGGCGCGUGUCCUUGUAUGACUAUGACUCGACAAGUCCGAUUGUAUCACCACCAUGUGGUCUUGCUCCUAUAUCAUCUGCACCCAUCGUUCCACGAGCUGUGGAUGGCGUUGCAGCACUUCCGCCUGUGGGACAAGGUGGUGUGUUGUUACCAGGCGAGCGCUGGCUUCGUGAGACGAGCGUUGCGACAGCACCGCAUCAACAGCCAGCCGCCUCGGACGAAAAUGCAGGAACGAGAAAGACGUCGGAAGCCGAAGAAGCGAGAGAGGUCAGAGAAGCAAACGAAACCAGGAAGGCGAAGGAAGCCAAAGAAGCAGAGCCAGUCCGGGAAGCGUCAGAGGCAAGGCGUGCCGACAAGGCUGCGAAUGCCCCCCAUGCCCCAUACGCUCCUGAUCUUGCUACACCGCCAUCGACUCUCGCAGCUCCCAAGCUCACACGAGUCACCUCUCAUACAGCGCAGCUCGACACACAGGUCCCCCGGUCAGGCAAAAUAUCGGAGAAAAAGGCCGAGCCCAUGCAGGGCGUAUCAGUGACACCCUCACCGUCGACACCCACUAUACCUGCAGCCGCCAAUUUGCCCGCUGUGUCGAUACCUUGGGGAGAUCCCUCGCCCGAAGCACCUGCUGCGCAUGUGAUUUCCUCGGUGCCCAGCUCGCGUGUCGCGACGCCCGUAUGUAUGUCUCCAUCGCUGUCGCAUGACGAUGGCGGGCAAAAGCCGCUUCCACGUUUGCCAUCGUCUGCCCAGCUGCCGCCAGUACCGCCACUGCCAGAGCCACGGGGCGAGCAUCGGCUUGGCGACUCACUUUAUGGCGCACAGUUACGACAGAGUCCAACGCCUUCGCUCGAGGCGCUUCCGACCGUGCCCAAGCCUUUGCUACAUACACGCUCUUUCAGCGCUGGUGGCAGCAGCAGCAGCAGCAGCGGCGGCUUCCCGCGGGAAGACGUUGCGGCGGACGACCCAAAGAAAGAAGCGCGAGUCAUGCGUCUGUUCGGCUCUCUUCGGCGCAAAACGUCGCGUCGUGCUCUGGGCUCUCUCCGACGGCAAGCAAAGGUGCCGUCGACUGAUCCUAGCCACGUGGCGAUGGCGUCGAUCGUUUUGCUGGGGGAAUCAGGCGAGUCCGUCUUGCACGAUAAGGUCGUGACACUCCCUGUGACGCCAGCAGCCCUAAUGCGCUGGAACCAAACACUCCCACGCCCACUGCGGCAUGUGCUGGCGCGCUUGCCAGCGGAAAUGCCGCUGGACCUGGCUAUGGAUCCACCACGCCAGCUGCUGCGUGUCCUGCCGCUGCUUCAGACGGCUGGCGACGAGUAUGUCAAGCUCCGGUAUGUGUUUGUAUUUCAAGACAUGAUGGUGGUUGCCAAGCCGGUGGUGCUCCCACGCCAGGGCGAGUCGCUCUCCGACUUUAUCAUUCGCAAGCUCGCGAGUGUGCCGGACCUCAGCGAGUCGUGUACGCCGUUCGCGGUGCUAGACCUGCAUCACACAUGUAUUGACGAGGGAUCGUCGCUCGUGGAGCGCACGGCCAAACUCGAUGCGCUCGUUCGUCAGCGCAUCACGCACCUGCAUGUCAAUCCGACAAAGACGCUGCACCAGCUGAUGAACGACGCGCGCUUACGCGGCCCGGAGUCGCGUGCAUAUGCGCAGCUGCUGCACUCGUGCACGGCACUUGAUGCAGGCUUUGUGUCGGACUUUUUGUUCGCGAACCAUGCUGUCCUGGAGCAGUAUGUGGCACAACAUUGUGUUGCGGGCGCGCCUUUGGAACUUGCACUUCGCGCGCUGCUCGCCAGUUUGCGAUGGCCGCGUGACAUGCCGACAUUCGAAGUGCUUCUCUUCGCGUUUGCUGCGCACUGGCACGCUGCGAAUGCGAGUGAGCAUGCUGGCCUAACGCUGGAGCUCACGACUGAUCUGACGUUUGCUCUGCUGGGCUUGAAUGACGCGCUCCACGAUGCCACAGGCCUGUUUGCGCGGCCCAAUCCAGCGCUGUCUGUCGACAAGUUUGUCAUGCUGUUCCGCGUCCACGACACACAGAAGACCAUCAGCGAUCGUCUGCUCAGUGAAGUGUAUCUCGCCAUCAAGACAUCGCCUCUCACGCCAGCCGUGUCACGCGACGCUUGGCGCGCCGUGUCGUUCGAUGCCGACGCACUGUGUGCGGAGCCGCUCAAGCCUGGUGUACCCAGUGCACCAGUGCGCGUGUCGCUCGAUGCCCCUGACUCUGACGUGCGCAUCCGGCUUGUGGGCCGCGGCUUGUACAUUGACCCGCCCGUGCUUUCCUUCACCCACGCGGCACAUGCAGAAUUCAGUGUGUGUGCGACGACGCCUGGCUCCUAUGACCUGCUGUUCCUGCGCACAGGCCGCCAUGCGGCCCGGUACAUGAAUCAACAGCACCAGCCGAUGCAGUCGCCUCUGCCGCGCCACCUGCCGCUCGUGUGUGAGACCAGCACAGCCCGCCCGACCAUCAAGCUCGUGCACAUGCCGCCUGGCUCUCCUCGCACGGACCUGACGUUCUGCAUGACGGAUCCUCACUCGGCCGAGCAAGUGGCCUCAUUCCUUCGUGCCAGCAUGGAAACGGCCCAUGCCGACGCGCUGCGUCUCACGCAGGCCGAACUGGACGUGCGCACACUGUGCCGGCUCGUGCUGGAGUCCGCGCUGCUUGCGCCGGACUCGAACGACACACGCAGGCGUGCUUGUCGUUCCAGCACAGGCACUCAAAUCGUGCGGACAGCGCGCGAAAAUAGUCUGCUCGCCUAUGUGCUACUAAGCACCGAGUUGCGGCGUGUCGUCACAUAG